AUGUUAGCACAGGACACGCAUGCACCAAAAACAGUGCACGGCGCACAGUGGGGAAAAAAGGCCAGCAGCAUCAAUUUGGAAGAACUGGAGCGACCGCUUUAUUUUGGCUCAAGACGCACUAGGUUCGACCGACGCGACAAAAAGGGCUUUGGGACCGUGAGGGUCUUUGGGGAGCCCCUUUUGGCUUCGCAGUUGGGGGCUGAGGUCGAGGCGGACGGCUCACCUGUGAAGGGUGAGGCCAGAAGCUCACCUCGAAGCGGUCGAGGGCUGAUAGGGUACCAUGACUGGAACUCUUGGCGCGCCAAAGAGGGGCAGCGGCCAAGCAAGGUUCGGCAUGGUGAUCCAGCAACAACGACGACGACAGAAGAAGCGCAACUGUGGCGAGACGUCAUGGAAGCCCUUUACGGGGCCGAUUGGAAGGAUCGGCUGGCCCGCGGGGACGGGGCUCCCGAUGACGAGGAAGAAGAAGAUGAGCCACAGGAAGAAGAAGAAAGCGAAGAACUUCUAAGCGCUGCAGGACCAGGCCCGGAGCCGGCUGGUCCCAGCCAUGGGGGCGAUGGAAGUAGUGGACGAGCGGCUCUGGCAGCGCCGUCCGGAGCUUCUUCGACAGUUGGUGAGGAGUCAGUUUUCCUGGAUCCAUCAGUCGAGAAGCUAAAAGAGGUCUUCAAACGACCAUAUGAGCCUGAGAAAGAAAGUCCACAGAAGUUCGCAAAGCGGUUGUACCGCUUAGCCGAGGCCUUGGACCUGGAAGGAGAGGCUGUGGACGAAAAGGAAAUGGAGCGUAGGGCUGCCCAAGCACUGUUUGAGAAACAGGUGCACGGCAAGGCAGAGGAGGAGCAACUCGUGCUCUUGAAAGGGUCUUUCCGUGAGUUGGUACUGGAAGAUCCGCCAGAGGGCCAAGAAGAGGAGUACCGGCAGCGGCUGGACGUGCUUAUGGCCAUGAUCCAAGCGCGCGGUGGACGUUUGAGUAAGAAAGGAGAGAAGUUGUUCUCGUCGACCGAAGGGACUCCGGAAAAGGCUCCAGCGGCUCUGGCUUGCCGAAAGUGGCUCAGUGGCUCUGCAGCGGUGGCUGAGCUGAGACGGCGAGUUGCGGAACUUGAAGAGGACGCGCGUUCCGACGGAAGCCGUCCUGUUGACGCGGUGGCCACCUUUGCUGAAGCCUUGGAACGCCAGACCCAAAUUAUGGCUGAGGUGCUGGGCAAGAAGAGCAAACGUUCCACGAUCCAGGUGAGUCCAAAGGUGUCGUGGCCCAUGCUGGAUGACGACUGUAGUGAUUACAGGUCGGUCCAAGAGUUUUACGACACUUUUGAGGCGACGAUCGGGCUUGCAAACGAUGGAGAAGGAAUGACAGAUAUGGAAAAGUUGACCACUCUGAAAGCGUGCCUCAAGCAGCACAGGUUGAAGACCUACGAGUUGGUCUACCGAAGGCAUCUCACCUCGGGGCUUGUGAGAGACAACCCAGGUGAGGUGUACCGCCAGAUCCGGGACAAGCACCUGCUGUUUUCAGAGACAGCGGAGGAAAAGGAAAUCAGGAUUCUGGAAGAAGGUGACGGCUUGGAGAAAGGGAAGCUUUCAGCCUUUCAGUGGGAGGUGAGAUGGGAGUCUCAUCUGGCCGAUCGGGACAGCAUUGGAUUGGGACUUAGCUCCAAGGAAGCUCUGAUCCAAUACUUGAGGAAGAUCGGCCCAACCAUGUCUAAGGACGUUCGGCGGGAUAAGAGAUUUCGGCCGGAUGGAAGUGGAGGCACUGUCUUCAGGAGUGUCGCUACUUGGGAAGAAGCGCAUGAAGUAGUGAAAGAGUUGGAAGAGACAGCGGCAGGACAGCGCGCUCUGAACAACUCGACCUUCGCCCACGGGAGCGGAAGGGAUAGGCCAACCAAGACGAAGAAGACGGAUAAGAUCCAUGCUCAGGACGACGUCUCGGGGGAACGGCUUGAGAAAGAUUUGAAGAAGGUGUGCUUCGACAUGCGGGAUAGAGGCACAUGUUCCCGAGGGAAAGAGUGCAAGUAUGUUCACGACCGUGCCGUGAUCGAGGAGGCCAGAAAACGUGUGUCGCGGGACAAAAAGUCCGGACAGCAAGACAAGAACAAAGUGGCAAAGGCGGACGACCUGGCUAAGUACGACGGACGGAAAGGGGUCCCAGCAAGGGAGCGGGAGCGGUCCUGGGCUACAGCUGGCGAACUGGUUCCACGAGACGGCGGUCACCUGGGCGUCAAGCCAGAAGAAGUUGUGAUGGGAUUAGCGAACGGCGCGCCCAUCAAACUCAAAGGGGCUGCGGUGCUGAGGGUCACCUUCCCGGAUGUCAGCGGCAGAAAAGACCGCCAAGUUUUGGUGCGGGCAAAGGUGAUCGCCAAUGGGGGUUCGACAUGGCACGGCCUGAUCUUGGGCGGAAGAGCCUUGGAUGCCGUUGAGAGAGGAGGACUUGGAUUCAGGCCUGGAGCCAACGCCCACAUUUUUGAUGGACUGAGCUUUAAGCUCCCACGCAAGGAAGAAACUGAGGAGUACACUGAUCACGCAUAUCCGCAUGUGGCAGUCCAAGCGUCGAUGUUUGAUCGGGCUUGGGACUCGGUUCCUGGGCGGGAAACGCCGGGAAGCAGAGAAGAAGUCGAGCAGGUUUGCGGAGAAGUUUUGCAAGCCACUGGCGAGCAGUGGAUUGGCGAGGAAGGAGAUUGGGUGCCGGUUCGGCGCGCCGGUCGUGAAGCUUCGCCAAUGAGCUCGUGCGUAAGCCCAGUGGAAGUUGUUCUCCCGCUUGCCGACAGCGAGUUAGAGGUGGUACCUGGGCUUUGGAGCCGGGACCAAGCAGAAGGUUACGUUUACGUGACGCCAAAGGAGGACGAGAAGUACGUCCAAGAAGGGGAAGAAGUGGCCGUAGCGGUAAAAGCGGUCGCAGAGCAGCAGUUCUGCAGGUCCUGCGGUCAUUUCGACGCGGUAGCCUGGACUGGAGGACAAAACUGUUGCAGUGAGUGCGAAUGCCCAGCGGCUGGGUUCAGGAAGAUGAGUCCCGAGUGCCAGCGCUGUGGCGAAAUGGUUUUUCGAAGUGAACUUGGAGGCUGCCAGAAGAAAGUAAAGGGCAGCUCAAGCAGAGGAUGCAGCGGAGUGGCGUUGCUUCUGGCAGGCUUGUUGUGCUUCGUGGCGGCGGGAGUGGUGUCAUCAGACAAGGUGUACCACAUCGUGGAGACGCCGGGAGCACUCGACUUGUUGGCGGAGGAGGGCCCCACCGACAAGUACUACCAAAGGCUCAGGGCAGAUCUGAGUGAGAGAUAUCCAGCAGCCUCAGAGCAUUUGUUGGAUCACCUUGAAGCUCUUGAAGCGUUUUUGGAUAAGAGCAUCAUGGCAGGAGUCACGUUCGGGAUCGACAAGCUCUUGGGAGAGUACAUGAAGGGAGCAGUUCCUUUCCCGGAGAGUGGUCUCGGAGAAGGAGACACCUCAGGGGACAAGGCUGUUCGAGCGAUCAAGCUCAUGACACAAAGAGCAAUCGAGCUGGCCGUGUUGGAUGAAGCGGGAGCGAUCACUGGCGAAAGGCCCUUGGAGCAAAUAGCAGAUAGCUCGGGGUAUGCAGUGGGAGGCUCCGCUCUCCAGAUGCAGGCGGACUUGGGAUCCUUUAAAGUCUUGGCCGUCCAUAGCAAGGGCUUAACUCCAGCUCAACAGGCAUGGGCGCCAUUGUCCCUCGAAGGGUAUGCGCAACUGGAAGUUCGGCGGGCUGUGAAGAAGCAGCUCGGUCCGAUCAAGUCGAUUUGCUGGACGGAUCACGCAAACUGGACGCGCCAACAAACGUUGGAGCAAGUCGAACCGAAGCAUUUGCGGUGGCUUAGCGAAAUCCUCGCAGAUGGGUCCGAAUUGAGAAGCCUAGCCGGCAGGAGCGCCAGGCUUGGGGAUGGAUACUCAAGAAAUCCUCCUGAACGGGAUCAGCUCUUGGAACAGAGAACGAAAGACCUAGAAGGGUUGAUCGGUCAGCUGAGGGGAUUCUCGUUGGAAGAGUACCUCUUGGACGUUUCGGAGAAAGUAGCGCUGCCCUGGUCCGUCGGCGACGGGGUGUUGCCAGAUCCUGAACAGGGAAGGAGUGCCGGGAAUGAUCAAGUCGCGGCUGUAGCAGGGGGGCUAGGGGUCUUGAACCGGUCCUUGCGGAACAACAUGUUCGCAGCCGGCGUGAGUAGUGAGAUCCGCGUACUCUACGUUCCUGACUACGUGGCUAGGAACGAUCGGUGGAUCCAAACCAAGGAGCUCAGCAAGCUCUUUCGGACGAUCUUUCCCGAAGCCGAAGUCAAAGUGGCUCUUGCUGAGCCGCCGUUCGAGGAUCCAGAAGGAAAUGCCUUACACUUUGAAAGGCAAGGGAAACAGCACCUGACUGGGAAAAGACUAGUGAAUGCCACGCGGGUCGACUUGUUGACAUCAGUGGCCACGCUGCUUCGGGAGAUCGCGAAGCACAUGCCGAACUUCGUGGUCGGUGCCGGUCAAGGAGCGAUAGUGUGCUUGGCGGCAGCUUCACCAGUGGUGGUGGAGUCGGUGUUGCUGGCCAGAAACGUGCAUAUCACAGAGGCACACAAGGUAGCGAGUGCCUGGGCACAGGUGAAGCUGAUGUUUGGGGUCAACCCGAGGAUCGGAAAAUCGAAACCAGGGGGGCAGCUGCUGAAAGAGGCGUGCCCGGAAUGGUUCACUCCGCACGUCCUGGAGUGCUUGCCCAGGCUCGGCAUGGUAGAAAAAUACGUGCCAGUAAGAGAAGAGAUUGAAGAAUUGCUGAGUUGCGCAGGAGUUAUGCAGGUGAACAGUUUGGAGUCUGUGAUGUGGAGCUCCUGGCUGGAAAGAGACAGCAAGGAACUGUGGGAGCACGAAGGACAGUGCGCCUGCGGUCGGAGGACGCGGCUUUUCGGUCAGUGCAUGCGGUGCAUAGAAGCAGAGCAUGCUGAGGAAGUCCAACGAAGAGCAGACCAAGGAGCUGAGGAAGAAGAUCAGAAUGUGGAAAGGCGGUUUGAAUUGGAAGGAGGGCCGGAUGUAACGGCAAAGAUCGAGCCGCUUAUUGAAAGGGAUCCUGUUACCGGGCGUGAAGAACUCAGCGGAACAGCAGAGAAAUGGUUAAAUGAACACCUCAAGAGAAGGAAAGAAAAGGUUGAGGAGCUGAAAGAAGAAUCAGAGCUCGCGGUUGGAGCGGACCUGCGGAGAGACAACAAGUUCCGGCUGGCAGAAGAUGGAUUACUAGAAAGACUGCUGGAACGAGAUGGGCAGAACGGAGAGCUCUGGGUACCGGUGGUACCAGAUGGGAAAGCCCAUUCGAUGAUGAGCUGGAAGGAGUUUUGUUGUCGUCAGGUCCACACUGGGAUCAUGGGAGCUCAUAGGAGCGGAGCGAAAAUGCUCGCCAUUCUUCGAAAGGCAUGUUGGUGGGAUGAUAUGGAAAGCGACCUUGAGAAGUAUGCGGACCGCUGUUUGGUGUGCAUUAGAAACAGGAGGAGGCCCGUGAAACAGCUAGCGGUUCCAGUCAAGCCGUCAUGGCUAGAGUGCUGGGAAGAAAUCGCAGUCGACUUUGAGGGGCCGAUGCACCCAGAAGAUCAUCAAGGGAACAGGUUCAUCCUCACGUACAUGUGUUGCGUGUCCGGAGGGAUUAUGCUGGAACCAUGCAAGGCUCUGUCUCAAGUAGAAGUCAGAAGAGCCUUCGCAAAGCUGAUGUUCCGGAGUCGGACGCUCCCAAAGAUGAUGCGGUCUGACCGAGGACAGGAGUUCCGAAGUACGCUGCUGAAAGAAUACUGCGCACUUCUCGGUGUGCGUCAAAAAUUCAGCGGACCUCUUCGUCCGUGUGAGAUGGGAAGGACGGAAAGGAUCCACCAGGAGAUGCAAAAAGUCCUGGGAUUACUGGUACACGACGUGUGCAGAUCCAGGCCGCAUGAGUGGACGGAACUUUUGGGAGUCGUGGAAUACAUCCUGGACACGACGCCUGGUCCAUCAGGGUUUGCACCGCGCGACUUUGAAAGAGGUUGGAGUCUGGCGAGCCCAUUGGAAAGAGAAUUGAUUGGAAGGGAGACGCUGGAAUUUGAGCCAGUUGAAGAGGCUACCAAAAAGCUCUUCAAGGCUUACAGAGAAAUCCGAGUCAAGGUGCUGGGUUGGCAAGCAGCUAGCGCUGCACAAAGAGCGGAUCGAGCCAACAGGUUCCGAAAAGUCAAGGUGGUUGAGAUCGGCGAUCUGGUGGUCUACAGGGACCCCAGACUCCGAUCUGGGGGGCGGACACCCUGGAGGAAGCAACUUUCCGAACCUAUGCGCAUCACGGCCAAACAAGGAAACCGUGUGGAGUUAGAACCGGUGGUUGCGGACCCAACCCAGGGUCGCCCACGCACGUUGAAGGACGUGCACGUAGAGGACCUUCUGUUGGUUCCUCCAGAUGCGGCUGCAACAACUCCGAUCCGCCCAGCGCACGUGGAAUUGCCAUUGCCAGUCGGGCAGGAUGACCCAGGCUCGGUUCGUUCGCCUGGUUUGAUGGUCGAGCAGCGAGAAGAUCCCGACGCAGGAGCCGCAGGCGUAGUGCCGGAGCGGGCAAACAGGAGAACAAAGAAGGGCAGACUAGCCAGCCUGAGAAUCGGGAGCUAUGUGGCCUAUGCCAUCGAAAGCAUCAAGGCCAAUGUGCCGGCCAACAAACACUUGAAGAGAUGCCGAGUCGGCAAGAUCCUGCAAAUCCGACCUAUGGAACAAAUGCUCCUGGUGCACCGAUAUACUCCUAUCGCGGACGGAAGACUGAGGGUCCGUUGGAAGGAGAUGUAUCUGUCAGAAGCUACGAAGGAAGAAACUCUGAUCCCGAGCUCCCAUCCAGUCCAAGAAGAGGUGCCGCUGCAGCGGAUUAUCACUGAGAUCCACCUGAACAGUGGAGUUAUGAGUCAUGCGGCAGCGCGGCAGAUAGAUGCCAGCGGCUAUCGAGUGGAUGAGAGGCGGUCAGAGGCCUUGCAAAGUGGCGGUGUUGUUCGCCAACGGGAACCCGUUGGGACCGCACUACCAAGCAGCCAGAAGCAGGAGCCGAGGAAAGUUCUGGCCAUCUUGGGUUCGGUGAACUGGACCACGGCGUCGAGGGGCAAUCAUGAGCUGGCAAUGCUCCUGGAAGUUGACCAGAAGUCGCAGGCAGGUGAAGAUCUGAUCCGAUGGGCUACUGAAGUAGCCCGACACGGGAAGACAUUGGAUGAAUGGGAUCUUCAAGAGAUCAGUGCAUCUGCCAGGCAGCGACAACAUGGUUAA